AUGAUCCCAGGCUUUGUUAACUGUCCCCUGCAGCUGACCUCGGUGACCUGCAGCCAUCCAUCCACUGGUUUACAUUCCCAGCCACAAAGUAGCUAGGCCUGGUUACAAGCCACACUGGUUCCUGGGGUCUAAUCUUGGCUAGGCCAGCAUCAGGCAGCCUCAGCUAUUCACAAGAGCCUUCGUUCGUAGCCUACAGCAGACUGUUUCAUGUAGUUUACCAUUGCUUCAAGAACACGUCUGCAAGUGGAACCUGGAGCUGGUACUUGUCACAGGAAAGCAUCUAGCAGGUUAUGGGGCUUUGCACGGCCCUGCUCAGCUAGGGUUAUGUCUGAUAUACUGGAAGGCAAAUCUGAAUGGGGCAGUACAGUUCACUCUAAACAUGGCCUCUGGCUCAGGUGCCACCUGCGCUCUUCCGUAGGCACGUCCCUGCCCCCUCAUCACCAGAAGUCGGCUCACCCACAGCUCUUUUGUAAGGCAUCAGACACUGGCGCCUGGUAGCCAUCUCUUGAUCUCCUUGCCAGACCAGGCUCUUAUUACCCUGCCUCCUGGGUCAGGGGGUCAGACAAAGGGUCACACAGACUUCUUCCUUCCUGUCUCUGAGAAAACCACUCCCUGGGGACCUCUGGAGUCACAGAAAGGGUUUGGAAAGGCAGAUUCCAAGCAGACCCUUUGUCUGCCAUCAGCUUUGAUCUCCCUGCCCUCCCCCACAGUGGUAGGAGCCUCUAGUCCAGUUAAAGAAUGGAUGCUGGCCCUCAUGGUGGGUUUGUGGGGCAAGGCCUGAAUGUACUUAGAUCCCUGAGCAACAUCUAGGACGCUUGCUCUUUGAAGGAUGAGCUGGCCAUCCCUUGAAAAGAAGUUUGGUGACUUCUCUGGACCCUUGUUUGCACUAUGAACACAGUGUCAGGAGACUGUCUUUGACCAGUGCACAUAACUUUUUUGCAUGUCUUUUUUUCACCCAGACAAAAUAGCUAUCUGGUUUUGUGACUGCCUUGCCCAUUUGAAGGAGCCAGGAGCCCUGUUUUAGAGAAACAGGUGUAUCCAAGGGGGUGAAUCCUGCUGAAGUGUGCUCUCAGCUGGUGAGAUGGCCAAAGCACUGCUGUCACCGCCUCAGUGCACCACCAUGCCAGGCACCCUAGCAGGUUUUUUACUCUAUACCAAAACCUGGCAGAUGUGACACUUGAAGGGUCCUGGAGAACAGAACCUCUCUCACUUGCCAGCUGAAGAUGUUCCUUACUUGUACUCAUGACAGGUGCCAUCCUUGGCGGCCUUUGGAGAAAACUUAGGCUAGUAGUCAGUUAGGGCUGGAGACUGGGGCUGAGGACAAAAGCUGAAAUCUACCAGCCCUACCCCUCCUCCCUGAGUAGAGGGUAGGAGGGUCUUUAAGGAGACUUUGAUCCCUGCUGGGCUCAGCUUGUAGAGGGAGGGGCUCAGAUUACAGCAUCCCCCCUCCCUGGUUUAGCUGGCCCUUCUCCGCCCCUUGGUGACCCUAGUGGUCAGUUGCUCUGAGCUUCAGGGCCUCUGGCCCCUCCCCAGCCCUUCCUCUUCUUCUGUUCCCAGUCCUAUGCUGACCAGAGCCUGAGAGCCACCCACAGUGGUUGGGAGAGGGCCAGCCAGUAUUUUGUGGACGGGUUCUGAAAGAUCCCAGAAUACCUAUUCACACUGCCAGAAAGGAACAUCAGCUGUGGGCUCCAGCCUUUGGGGGGCAGGGGCCCAAGGAGUCACAGAAGAGGGUCCAUUUGAGGCAGGGAUAGCAAUCCUAGGCCCAGGACCCUGUAAGGUGGAUGCCUAUAGGAAGUCCUGGCUCCACGAGUGGCUGGUGGCCACACACUCCCACUCCCUGGCCCUGUGGCCCCCAUGCCUGCCCCACAGCCACUCCUGCCUCUGCUCUUUGUCUUCGGGCUCAUCCAUCUGACCUCGGAGACCAACCCGCUGCCAGAGCCUGGAAGCCACCCUGGCAUGUGCCCCAACCAGCUCAGCCCCCACCUGUGGGUGGACGCCCAGAGCACCUGUGAGCGUGAGUGCACCAGGGACCAGGACUGUGCGGCCUCUGAGAAGUGCUGCACCAAUGUGUGUGGGCUGCAGAGCUGCGUGGCGGCCCGCUUCCCCAGUGGUGGCCCAGCUGUACCUGAGCCAGCAGCCUCCUGUGAAGGCUUCCAAUGCACACAACAGGGUUCUGACUGUGACAUCUGGGAUGGGCAGCCAGUUUGCCGCUGCCGUGACCGCUGUGAGAAAGAACCCAGCUUCACUUGCGCUUCUGAUGGCCUCACCUAUUACAACCGCUGCUAUAUGGAUGCAGAGGCCUGCCUGCGGGGUCUCCACCUGCAUGUGGUGCCCUGCAAACACAUUCUCAGCUGGCCACCCAGUAGCCCAGGACCACCUGAGACCACUGCUCGGCCAACACCUGGGGCUGCUCCCAUGCCACCUGCCCUGUAUAACAGCCCCUCACCACAGGCAGUACAUGUAGGGGGAACAGCCAGCCUCCACUGUGAUGUUAGUGGUCGUCCACCGCCUGCUGUGACCUGGGAGAAACAAAGCCACCAGCGGGAGAACCUGAUCAUGCGCCCUGACCAGAUGUAUGGCAAUGUGGUUGUCACCAGUAUUGGACAGCUAGUGCUGUACAAUGCCCAGUUGGAGGAUGCAGGCCUAUAUACAUGCACUGCACGCAAUGCUGCUGGCCUGCUACGGGCUGACUUCCCCCUCUCUGUUUUGCAGCGGGUAAAUACUCAGGAUAAGGACCCAGGUGUCCUGGCCCUGGCUGAGUGCCAGCCUGACACACAGGCCUGUGUUGGGCCUGCCACUCCUCACCAUGUCCUUUGGCGCUUUGACCCACAGCGAGGCAGCUGCAUGACCUUCCCAGCCCUCAAAUGUGAUGGAGCUGCCCGGGGCUUUGAGACCUAUGAGGCAUGCCAACAGGCCUGUGUCCGUGGCCCUGGGGAUGCCUGUGCACUACCUGCGGUUCAGGGCCCCUGCCAGGGCUGGGAGCCACGCUGGGCCUAUAGCCCACUGCUACAGCAGUGCCACCCCUUUGUAUACAGUGGCUGUGAAGGCAACAGCAAUAACUUUGAGAGCCGGGAGAGCUGUGAAGAUGCUUGCCCCGUGCCACGCACACCACCCUGUCGUGCCUGCCGCCUCAAGAGCAAGCUGGCUCUGAGCUUGUGCCGUAGUGAUUUUGCCAUUGUGGGUCGACUCACAGAGGUACUGGAGGAGCCAGAGGCUGCAGGCGGCAUUGCUCGUGUGGCUUUAGAUGAUGUGCUCAAAGAUGACAAGAUGGGCCUCAAGUUCUUGGGCACCAAAUACCUGGAGGUGACACUGAGUGGCAUGGACUGGGCCUGCCCAUGCCCCAAUGUGACAGCUGGUGACGGGCCACUGGUCAUCAUGGGUGAGGUUCGUGAAGGUGUGGCCAUAUUGGAUGCUAACAGCUAUGUCCGUGCUGCCAGCGAGAAGCGAGUCAAGAAGAUUGCAGAGCUGCUUGAGAAGAAAGCUUGUGAGCUGCUCAACCGCUUCCAAGACUAG